GGCACGGUGGAUAUGUACGCGUAUGCGGGGGGUGGGCCGCCCCACUAUGCGCCCCCUCCGACUUACUUGCAUCAGCCCCAUCAUCCUCCGCCCCCCGGACCCUCCACGCACACGAUGCACCACGUGCAUCAGGUUGUCCCCCCACCUGUUGUUGCGAUGACCCAUCAGGAGCAGCAGAGCCCUGUGCCGCAUUAUUCCAAGAAACGAAGGUCAGAUGAAGACGACCCAAGUGGCAGCAAAUACGCCAGGAUGGAGGACGAUAGUAUCCAAGAUAAAGAAAGAUUUGCCAGUAGGGAGAACCAUUGCGAAAUCGAGAGGAGGAGACGGAACAAGAUGACAGCUUACAUUACCGAGCUGUCAGACAUGGUGCCCACCUGCAGCGCCCUCGCCAGGAAACCUGACAAGCUCACCAUCCUGCGGAUGGCUGUAGCGCAUAUGAAAGCUCUUAGAGGUACAGGCAACACAAGUACAGAUGGCACCUACAAACCUUCCUUCCUGACCGACCAGGAGCUGAAGCACCUGAUCCUGGAGGCGGCAGACGGUUUUUUGUUCGUUGUAAGCUGUGAUACUGGCCGAGUGAUUUACGUAUCAGAUUCCGUUUCUCCGGUGCUGAAUUACACACAAAGCGACUGGUACGGCUCGUGUAUUUACGACAACAUCCAUCCGGAGGACGUGGAAAAGGUUCGGGAACAAUUGUCCACUCAAGAACCCCAAAACACUGGCAGAAUAUUGGAUUUAAAAACUGGAACGGUUAAAAAGGAGGGACAUCAAUCAUCCAUGCGGUUAUGUAUGGGUUCGCGGAGAGGUUUUAUCUGUAGAAUGAAAAUAGGAAAUCUGUCACCGGAAAACAUGGGAGUAGGACAUCUAAACCGGUUAAAGCAAAGAAACAGCCUAGGGCCAGGCAGGGAUGGACAAAAUUUCGCGGUAGUUCAUUGUACUGGUUACAUAAAAAAUUGGCCCCCAACAGAUAUGUUCCCAGGUGUUCAAAUGGAGAGGCAAACGGAAGAAGAUAUGCAUACAGCGCAUUGCUGCCUAGUCGCUAUCGGACGAUUGCAAGUGACGUCGACACCAAACACUAGUGAUCUCUCUGGUUCGAAUAGUAACGCGGAGUUUAUUUCACGUCACGGAAAAGAUGGGAAAUUUUCGUUUGUCGAUCAGAGGGUCGUGGGACUACUUGGAUAUACUCCGCAAGAGUUACUUGGCAAAAGCUGUUUCGAUUUCUUCCAUCACGAAGAUCAAACGCAUAUGAAAGAUAGUUUUGAACAAGUUCUGAAACUAAAAGGACAAGUGCUUUCAGUUAUGUACCGGUUUAGAGCAAAAAACCGGGAAUAUGUGUGGCUACGGACAAGCGCCUUUUCCUUCCUAAACCCGUUCAAUGACGAUGUCGAAUAUAUAGUUUGUACAAACACGACGGCGAAAUCGUUGCAUUCCGGAACAGAAAACAACACUGAAACCGAACAAGUCAGUUACCAGCAACAACCCGGUCUCGACUACAGUCUGCAACGUCGAGAGACCACCGGACUGUACACUCAUAUGAUUCCCACUACCCAUCUACAGAGCGAGUAUAUGCCGAUGACAUCAACAUCUGCGUGCAACGAACGACAAGAUGAGAGAUUCCCUCGCUUGAUGCCAGAUCCCCAACAAACCCAGCAACGACCUGCUAGUGGUCAGAAUGUCUACAGCAGUUACGAACCGACCCAAUCCCCAAUUCAAUAUGGUUCCCCAUCACAAACCCCCGCGAGUUCCGGUUCGGCGGUUUUAGCAAGGUUAGGAAAAGAUAGUUAUCAAUAUGGCCACAGCCAACCCAGUCCACGUUCUCCCGGUCCCACAUACACUCAAUUAAGUGGAGGUGGCAGAGCCUCGUCUACAGGAGCACCUGCACCAGCUCCUGCUUCGUAUCAAUGGGCCGGUUGGCAAGGUGCGCAAACGCCAGAAACAGGCGCUUUGCCAGGCACUGCGGGCGCGCCUGCGCAACCACAACCACAUGAGUUAUCUGAUAUGUUGCAGAUGUUAGAUAGCAGCGGCGCGGCGCCAUUUGGCGACUUAGGUACCAUGUUUGAUACAUCGUUUGAGUAAGUCAUUUGACAUUAAUAAUAUGGUGUUAUUUUUGAUGGUAAAUCGAUAAUUUAAUGAGGUGCGUCCUCUGUAAUUUUUCAAUCUUGUACGUAAAUCACCUUGUACGUAAUAUUUUAGUGAGAACACCAAUCAAAAAUGACACCAACUAAAACCUGAAAAAGACAGAUGUAAAAUAUAAAUAACUAUAUCAUUACACCUAAGAAUUUUAAUUUGGACCAGGGAGUACGAGUUUGGUGUCAGUUUUAUUUGAAAUGUUCGAAAGAGGCAUGUUUGUGAGAACUUCGUGGGGAUGUCCAUAACUUAUUCGUUUUCGAAUGCGAUUUUUUUUCUUAUUUUUCAUUUGUUCAUUAAAAUCGCGUUUUUAAUAAAAAUAUCCCCCAUAAUGCGAAUCUGUGUGAAUAAAGAGUUUCGUUUGUAACUAUUGUGGCGUCCAGAAUGUAUAUCAGUAAUGUUAUUGGGGUCUGUCAAUUUGAUUCCUUAUUAAAUUAGAGUAUAAUUUAAUAAAAACAAUAUUAAAUUGAUAUUUUUCAUUCAUGCUAAUACAGAUUUUAAUGUGUUGUGACACUGAUUCUAAAAUAUGUCUUUCAUAAGAAGAAAUUUGUCAGACCUUUAUAAUUUAGCUUUACUCUAAUUAAUGUCAAGUUAGUGAUUGUACUCAUUUAAUUUCUAAGACAAGUGUAAAAAAAUUUUAUAUUUUAGUUUAUAUAUAGAUAGUUUAUUUUAGUCUACUUUAAAAAAAAUUAUGUUUAACUCGAGUUUGUAGCAAUGGUUUUGGUGUUGUUUUUUUUUUUGCGAGAUUUUCGUUUUUGCAAGUGGAGUCAAUGAUAAAAAAUAAAUGUUUUUUUUUUUAUUUCUUUUGAAUGUACGUAAUUUUGUAUGUCGUUUAUAUAGGACCGUUUAAUGGCAAAACACUUUGAUUUGUUGUACAAGAUAGCACUUUUAGUGACACCUAAAGUCAGUUAAUUUAAUUAAAAUUUUUUGUUCGAAACUAGAUUUUUUAAACAUGUUUACAGUUUUCAUUAUCCAAGAAAAAUGGCUGAAGGUUAAGUCAAUAAACGGUGUUGAAACGAU